CCGACGACAACAAGAGUCCUUGAACGCCACUUGGAAGCCGAACGGACCUCGAAUGCGAGACGAAACCCGACUUCACUUUUGUGACGUACGCCAACCGCCCGCCGUGUCGUUGACGUCUUGACUCACUACGAAAAAGAACGAGAUUCGCUUCACGUUGAAAAUUGCACCGCCAACACUGGAAAAAAAAAUCUAUUCAAAAUUCAAAACCCCUAGCGGGUCUGCGUCAACAAUGCCGCUGAGCGUGAAUGGAGUCGUGUGCACGCUGGCACUGCUGCUCGUCUGGCGAGCGGAGGAGCUGGCCGAGGCGUGCAGCUGCGCCCCGGUGCACCCGCAACAGGCAUUCUGCAACGCCGACGUGGUGAUCCGAGCGAAGGUGGUGGGCGAGCGAGAGGUGGACUCUGGCAAUGACAUUUACGGGAAUCCCAUCAAGAGGAUUCAGUACGAUGUUAAGCAAAUCAAGAUGUUCAAGGGACCCAGUCAGGACAUCGACACCAUCUUCACCGCGCCCGUGUCGGCAGUGUGCGGUGUCACCCUGGACACGAGUGGCAAGAAGGAGUACUUGAUCUCCGGCAAGUCCGAUGCCGGUGGGCAAAUGCACGUGACGCUGUGUGAUUACAUUAUGCCGUGGGACUUGUUGAGCAACACCCAGAAGAAGAGUCUCACCCAACGCUACCAGAUGGGCUGCGAGUGCAAGAUCGUCCGCUGCCCCUCGCUGCCCUGCGAGAUCUCUGCCCCUGAGGAGUGCCUGUGGACGGAUCUGAUGAUCGAGAAGCAAGUGUACGGUCGCCAGGCCAACCACUAUGCCUGCGUGAAGCGCGCCGACGGAUCCUGCUCCUGGUACCGCGGUGUGGCCCCCCCCAAGAAGGAGUUCCUGGACGCGGAGGAUCCCUAGGGUAGGGCCCCUCCGCUUGGGCCUGAAAAUUUCAGUUCACACAUCAUGGGGAAAAAAAAACCCAACAUCAGGCCAUUUUGAUUUAGAGGGGAAAAAAAGAAUCUGUAGCCUCUCUGUGUCUAUUUUAAACCAAAUGAGGGUUCUUUGUUGUCAUUGCGGUUGAGGCAUGAGACUGGUCUAGUGAUGAUCGAGUUUCCUCCUGAGGCUGGCGUCAGGAGGACACAACUUCGUUUUUUUGUGUGUGUGUGUGUGUGUGUGUGUGUGUGUGUAUGUGUAGCGGCAGAGCACUUCCUCUAAAGCUCUUUGCGUACAAGUCCAAACCAAUCGAUCCCGGAGCUGCGCACGAUGAUCCACUUCAAUGACCUCAUUGUCUGUUUUAUCCAAAGCCAAAAUUCCAAGUUGCCUUUUUAUUUGUUUUAUUUUGUUCAUCUUUGUGUGUCCUUUUUGACGCAUGCCCACAUCGGGGUCAUCUCAUUUCAGAACAACACGAUCCAGCAUUUUCCUGUGGUGACAAAUAGCUCACUGGACCAGUCUAGGGUGUGUGCGAAUGCACACGACCAGAAAGAUACACAUUUCCUUGCUCCCAUUUUCCAUGAAGCAUAGUGAACCGUCUUCAAACAAGAGGCUUAUUUUGCACAAAUGUGUUAAAAUGUGCAUCUCCUUGAGCACAAUAGUACUAUGAUACCGCUGAUCUGCAUUUUGCCAAAGGUCACAUGACCAAACCGGAAAACACUUUAGCUGACUUUCUAACUUAGUGACUUUCCUUUUUUAGUGUAUGCUAUAUUAACAAGCAUGACCAUAGUUUGUUGACAUGAUUAUUUGAAGGAGACCUUUUCUUUAUGAAUGGUGUCUUCGGACAAAAGUGAAAUACUCGUAUAUCAUUUAUUUAUACUACAGGAAGUCCUCGAGUUACGACGUACUCCACCUACGACGUUUCGACUUUACGACGCCCGUUCCUCGGCCGCCAUUUUGUCCCAGCACCAUAGUGUUUCUGCUUAGCUAGUACAUAGUGCUUGUCUGUGCUUGUGCGCCGGGAGUAUCUUUGCCUUUUUUCACACUCUCAGCAGUAGUGGGAACUACAGCAUCUUAUUUUUUUAAUUUGAAUGUAUUUUAGUUUCUUUACACAAAGUGUUAACCUUUCCUGCUACGGUCGCCUGAACGUGGUCGGGAGACGCAGGGGUUAACUCUCUUCUCUCGUUGCACAGCUGAGCUGGGUGGCGGCAACAAUUAAAUCCCUCGAAGCACCGAUUUGCUGCUUUAAUGGCUUUAUUAGCUCGGCGCGCACUCCUUCCUCCUUCCCAGUCCCGGAUGGACGCACACGCCCCCACACACACUGAGCUUGCUGUCACAAUCACGUGGGACAAUACCCGUAACAGAAGUAUUUCGCCGUACAUUUCGACUUUAACGGUGAAAUCCGACUUACGCGGAAAUUCGUGUUACGUCGCCAGCGUAGGAACGGAACUGGUUCGUAAAUCGAGGACUUCCUGUAUUAUGAUAUAUGUAAACACGAACUAAGCCUAAGCAUCAAAUAUUGUCAUUUUUUUGGGUGCGUCUGUGGUGAGAUCCAGUGUUAAAAAAAAAGACGUAGAUGUUUAAAGUUCCUACGCUUGCUUUGUCACGGGUCCCCUUUGCCGUUCUCCCAAACUCGGAGGAAGUCCUUCGACCUGUGCUGGCGAAUGAGGAAGUAGGUUGUGUAUGUACGGGAUGAGCAGCCCAACCAUGAAAAUUGGUGGUCAUGCUAGAUAUUGACAGGUUCUGGUACCUAGUACAGGGGACAUUGUGGAAAAGUGACUUUUUAAUCGUGUAUAUGCAAAUGUUUGGAAAAAUACAGCUGAAACAUUUGAAUUUCUGAAUGGAGUCAAUGAACCAAUACAACUAGCCAUUGCUAGUUUGACUCAGGGUUAGAGAAGGUGUGAACUCAUAUAAUGGAGCAAUUUCAAUCUACUGAAUAGUCAGUUUAUCGAUGAACCUGAGUCGGAUUUCUCGGUUCAAGUCACUUAAGUCAGUGAUACAACUAAGUCGGCAAAACGGACUCUGUGAUCAGAUGCACUCGAGUUUCUGAGUCCACAAACUUGAGUCAGUGAACCGAUACGAGUCAUCCAAGUCCGCUGAAGCAAGUCAAUACAACUUUUAUCAUCUGAGUCUGCGUAAUUUCCGCUGAUUCGACUAACUCGAGUUAGUGAAUUGAUACAACUGAGUCAUUUUAGCCCAACAACCCAAAUAAAUCAUGCGAUAGAACAGUCGUUGGAGUCUGCUGACUUGAGUUGCCGAUCUCAGAUGAAUAUGUUCACUCGGUUCACAAAUCGUGAUUUAACAGAGUCAUCGCUGUUGCUGAAUCGAGUCAAUGAACCGAUACGAGACAAUUGAGUCCCUAACUCGAAUCACUUUACAGAUACAACCGAAUCAUCUGAGUCAGCGCUAUAUCCGCUUCGUCCGCUAACUGGAAUCAGUGAACCGACAGGGUGAGUCAACUGAGUCUCCUAACUCGAGUCAGUUUACUAAUGGAACCGAAUCCUCUUUUUUUUUUUUUUGAGUCCACAUUUGUGAGUUUCUUAAGCCUCUUGUUUAGUCUCUUGUACUGAAAUUUAUGUGAAAUGGGAGCAAUCAUUAAGUGUUCUAUUUUUAGGAGGCACCCUGCAGCUGUACAGCACCUAUGCAUACGCCUAUUUAUCCUUACUUGACCAUUAGUAUUAUUUUUUAUGAACUAUUUACUGCGUUAGUUAACUAGAUUUGCACAUUUUUCGAGGAACCAUUCCCGUACAGAAAGGCCUGAACACUGAUGAUGUUACAAUGAUUAGUAUUAAUAUUAUUGUUGUUAUGUUUAUGGCACGCCCCCAAGCAGUUUUCACCUCUUUUGAAUGGUGAUUGCAGUAGUCCAUAAAAGCAAGCAGUCUUGUCGCAUGGAAUGGCAUAGAAUGAUGAAAAGAGUGAUAUAUAUUUUUCUUGAAGAUUGCUCUGCUACUUUUAGUGUCUAUUACUGAUUAUGCCUGCAUUUUCACGGUUUUGCCAAUGUAUGGGGGGGUCCGGUGUGGCCCUGUCCUCCUUUUCCGUGUCUUUUCUCCUUCCAAGUUACUCGCCAAAGCUUCCGCACCGCCUUUUAGAACACACGUAAUACGGCGCUGCUUUAUAUGCAAAGAAAACCAUUCAAAAAAAAAAAAAAACUACCAUAAUUGCAUGCAGGCACUUUCCACUUUAAUAGGUACCGUGUCCGAUAAAACCAACAAAAUCAACUUGCGUAAAAACACUUAUCAAAGACAUUGUAAAUAUAUUUCAACACCCCAAUUUUUGUAUUUUAUUAUUAUUUUAAAAAAAUGUUUAGCAGAAAAAUACAGUAGCUAAACCUCGAGGGGCGCUCUGCGUUAUCAUUAUAAUUUAUACAUUGGAUGUAAAAAGUCUAAACCUGUUUGAAUGCUUUUUUUUUUUUUUUUUUUUUGUGAUCUAUAAAAAUGAGAUCAAAAUAAAUAAUUAAAAAACUUUACAACAUAAAUGUGACGUAUUUCCUAUAGAGAUCAAUUGAUUUGUUUAAAAAAAAAAAACUUUUUGGGCGGGGAAUUAAAAAUAUGCUCUGAUAAUGUGGUUGCACAAGUGUGCACACCCUCUUAUAACUGGGAAUGGGGCUGGGUCCGAAUCAACCAAUCACAUUCAAUGUCACGUUAAAUGCGAGUCAGAACACACCUGCUACCGUUUAAAGUUCUUCUGAACUACAAAUGAAGUUCAGAUGUUCUAGUUUUCUUCUCUUAACUUUUUUUUUUUUUUUUUGCUUUCCUGAAGGUUUUGUGGUAACACUGACUGGAAUUUGGAAUUAUUAUUCAUAAUUCCCCACAUAUCCACUGUAGAGCUAUAUAUAAAAUAAAGCAUCCAAAAAGGUAAUGCUUUGUUGGGUUUUUUUCAAAGUGUACCUGAUAAAUUGGGAAGUGGUUGUUUGUAUACAGUAUAUAUAUAAAAAGGAGUAUUAGAGGCAUAAUUUAAACUUAAUUUUUCGUUUUGUGUUAUCUCUUUUUAUUUUUGUGUUUUGGGAUGUUUUCCCAUUAAUUUUCUAAAACAAUGUGUUUAGCCGUCGAGGUGAGAGGGUCCUCUUGCGCUGGAGCACCGUGAGAGUAAAGAGAGAAUAUUCAUUCCAUUUUUUUUUCUUUUUUUUUUUUUUUUUCUUGUGUGAAUAAUAAUAUUAAUAUUAGACCACGUGCAUGUGUUUGAUGCUUUGUGUACGUCCGGGGGAGAAAAAAAAAAGGACAGAAAUAUACCGCAAUAUCAAAUAAAAAAAAACGUCUCUGACAGGA